CCACCCACCCACCCAGCUACUAUGAAGGUAUAGCAGUACGAGUAUCUAGAACAAUUCGAAGAACUGAUAUACUACUACUACGAUCCACAAAGUCCAUCAUUAUUAGUCACCGCCUGCGAGUGUCCCUGCCUACUACGUACCUACAGCCAACCUCACUGCCUACACUAGUACGGACCUAGGAUACCUACAGUUCUAUCUAUGCUCGCUUGCCGUGAUGGAAAAUCAAGGUCGUUCCAACAGCACUACAGACCCUACGACAGCAGCAGCAGAAGCAGAGGUACCACGAUCCGAGUCAUCGUCGCCCCUACAGCACCGACACCAUCGUGUAGGAGACACGACCAACACCAACACCACCAACACCGCUACUACUAGUCCUUCUUGUACCCAACCCACCUCAAAGUCAACCAUGACUCUUACUCCGACUCCCAAUACUACUAGUACUAGCACGACUACUCCCAGCAAAACCAGCACCGUGACACCAAACCAAACCCAAACCCAGAAACGAAACCAAAGCUCAACCAUUUGUCCAAACCCGACAUCAAGACCACAACCACCCGGGAGAAGACCUAAACCAACUCAGUCUUCGAUCGAGUCUCUACGAUCUACUAUUCAAUCGACUGAAGCAGAACUAUCUAUUGUUCUCGACCAGAUCCGGAAGUUGGAUUCGUUUCGUUCAGCUUGUGCUUCAGCUUCUGCACCAUCUUCUUCUUCUUCUUUAACCGUUCAGUCAAGUUCGGCGACGGCGGCAUUUCCGCCGAGCCGGAGUCAACAACAAAUCCAAGACCAAGACCAAGUCCAACCGCAACCAGAACCAUCAUCAGCAACAACACCCACACCAGCAGAAUCAACAACAACAGAAUUAGCCACAGCAGCACUCCACCACGCCGAAACCAUUUUCUCCAACCACAUCGCCCUGCUCAAACAAUACAACGAGAUCAAAGACAUCGCAAUGGGAAUGUUGUCUCUGAUCGCGGACAGAGAGGGCCGACGACUCGUUGAAGUCAUGGAGGAACGAGGGUUGAGUAAUAGUGACAAAGAUUAGACCACCUAGGCAGGACCAGGACCUGGACCAGGACCACCACUACCACUACCACUACCACUACUACCAUCAACAAGUUACCCAGCAGACACUCCACACCCUUAUAUCAAGAUGAAGCUCAGCUGCAAUAGCGCAAUGCAAAACAACAUCGGUUCAGUCCAUAGGUAAUACCUACAAAAGGGCACACCACUGCAUGCCAUCAUCACCUCAGCAUUCCAAGCUACCAAUAUCACACAAAGUUACAGUAUAUUGACGCAGUGCCGACAGCAUUCCAUUGUACGACAAACUGAAAGAAUGGCAUACGAAGCAACUUUGAUGAAGAAGAAAAAAGCGCAUGGUUAUCUCAUCGAUUAGAUUUAAUUGGGGUUGAGCUGAGGUGGUGAAGAAAGAUCAAACGCUCUCCACUGACCGGCUCCAGCCGGUCGACCGCCUUCUGCGCCUUCUGAACGAGAAGAAACGAGACUUUUUUGAUGUGUGUGAUUGUGAUUGUGAUUGUGAUCGUGAUCCCGUCGUCGUAAUCGACCUCCUCCUCCGUCAUCUAUGCCAUAGUGUUUGUACCCUCUCCAUCCCACCAGUAUUAACUCGCACUGUCACACGAUACGGUCGAGUCCUCCCGGUCGCACACAUUUUCCUCAUAUUGUGAAUGCAAGGCCAUGCAUGAAAUGGGGGUCUUGCAAGGACUGUGGCAAGCACAGUCAGGUUGGACCGGCACAGCUUUGAAUCCGGUUUAUUCCUCAUGAGACCACACAUGCGGACGAGCACCACACCGCUGUUGGUCAAACGCGUUAUCUCGCCUCGCCACGCUGCUGAUCGAAUUAUAACACACGACAUCAAUAGAUGUCUGCUCAAUGUCUCUUCUCUAGACUCUGCAGACUGACCAAUUCUCGAUACCGACCCUUCAAAGCCAUCAACUCGUGAUGCGUACCCUGUUCGGCAAUGACACCCUUGUCAAAGACAUAAAUGACAUCGGCCUUCUGAAUCGUGCUCAGUCGAUGAGCCACGGCGAUAGUCGUUCUGCCUUUAGCCGCGUCGUCCAGGGCGGCUUGGACCACCUUUUCCGACUCCGAGUCAAGAGCCGAAGUUGCUUCGUCCAACAGAAGAAUUUUGGGAUUUCGGAGCAGAGCCCGAGCGAUGGCAAUCCGCUGCUUUUGCCCGCCGGACAGUAGGGCUGCUUUGCUACCGACAUCGGUGGCGAAGCCAUCACUAAAACCAAAAUUAGUACAUACCAUACACAACCAUCAACAACAAAACAAAGAAAAUACUACUUACGGUAGCGACAUGAUAAAGUCGUAAAUGUUUGCAUCCUUGCAAGCUUGCACGACACGUUCGUCGCUGAUCCCACCGCGGUCCAGACCAAGCAACACGUUGUCCUUGAUCGUGCCUUGAUACAGUGCUGGCUCUUGCGACACGAGUGCAAGAUGUGAUCUGUACUCGUUCAGAUUGAGAGUCGAGAUUUCUUUGUCGUCCACAAAGAUUCCUCCAGCAAGAGGGUCGUAAAACCGCUCCAGCAGCGCAAUCGUCGUCGACUUGCCACAACCUGGUACAAAAGUUAGUACUAGACCGGAUGGAAAGAAAAAGAAAGUUCCUACCUGAUGCUCCCACAAGAGCAAUAUAUUGCCCCGCCUUGACCGUCAAAUUCAGGCCACGGAGCACCGGCACAUCAGGUCGCGUUGGAUAUCGGAAGUGAACGUCGCGGAACUCAAUGUCGCCCCGGACUUCUGGCACGGCUUCACCAUCCUCGGACCAAGGGUCAAUGGUUGGUUUUCGAUCAUACAACCUCUUCAAUGCAGCCGCCGCGUUCUUGGCCGACGACAUGUCGCCUGCAAACGAAAACACCGUGCCCGCCGACUGCGCGCCAAAGAUGAUUUCGGAAAAGACAAUGAAAAACUGAAACAUGGAGUACUCCCCGCGCGCCAGAAGUUUGCCGCCGUACCAAAAGCCCAAUGCGAAAGCCAGAAACAUGCACGACUGCGACGCUGCAUAAAGAGACGAAUUGCGGAUAUUGGAUUUCAAAGAGGCGCGCAGCUGGGUCCGCAGUUGGUUUUGGUACUCGGCAAAGAUCUGCUCUUCGGUGGUCAAAGAGGCCACAGUCCGAAUCGCAUUGGUGUGCUCGCAGGCAUAACCCGCCGACUUCUCGUAGGAUUUCUGAGCAACGGCAGAAAACUUGGCAAUCACCCAAAACCGGAAGAAUCCACAGCCCAGAAUGACUGGUAGCGCACACAUGCAGACCAGUGCGAGUUUCCAGCCGAUGGCAAGAGAUACCACGAUUGCCACCACCAGCGUCGUUGUACAACUCAGCAGAGUUCCCAGAGUGGCUCCAGAUAUUGACGCCAAAUGGGUGGCCUCGGUAGACAGAAAGGACGUUAGGGCUCCGGUUGAGUUCUCGUCUUCAUCAAAGAAUGCUAUGUCUUGUCUCAAGAAUCUUCUGAAGGCGCCAUCCCGAGCCCGCUGAAUCAGGCUUUCACUGCAAUAGGCGAACGCAACACCCUGCGUGACCAUGGCCAAGAGAUCCACCAACCCAAGCAUGAGGUACAUCAAAGCCCAGAAGUCGACGUCGUGGCGGAUUUGGUGCCGCUGGCUCAGUGGUCGGGAUAGUGCCACAAUGCACUUGGAGAAGAAGACUGCCUGGACCGGUUGCGCAGCCCCGGCAAUGCAGGUGAAAAGAAAGCCCACGCACAUAAUGUGCCAUUCAGACCGGUUGAAGCCUGCCAUGAACUUUAUCAGAGUCCAGAGAGAAUACCUCGUCUCACCAUGUGACUUCUUGUCGGCCAGGACUCUGGAUGAAAUGGAUUUGUUACUCUUAGUUCUUCCCAGGGCCAGCUUGAUAUCCUCGGGCGCUGCCUUGACCGAAGCCCCUGAUCUCGAUGACUGAAUCCGCAUCAAGGCCGCUUCGCCCUCACUCAUUUCUUCAGUCUCUUCCGAAUCGCGGUCGUCAUCGCUGGUGAUUCGCUGUGCAGACACCAAGCUGUAAUAUGCCUUGCCUAGUGCGAGUAAUUCGUCAUGGGUACCUUGCUCGAUGAUCCGACCGUUCUGCAUCACCACGAUGUUGUCGGCGGUCCUGAUGGUUGACAGGCGAUGAGCAAUGACGAUGGUGGUCCGGCCCUUGGCUGCCUCAUCCAGAGCGUGCUGGACGACCCCUUCGGAUUUUGUGUCCAGUGCUGAUGUUGCUUCAUCCAGCAACAGGAUCUUUGGAUCGCUGACAAUGGCUCUGGCGAUCGCAACACGUUGCUUUUGGCCUCCCGAAAGCAAAAAGCCACGCUCGCCGACAUGAGUCUCAUACCCGUCUGUAAGAGACAUGAUAAAGUCAUGCGCAUUGGCCUUCUUGGCCGCCUCGAUGAUACGUUGGGUUUGCUGUUCUUCGGGUUCAUUCUCGUACUUGGAACCAAUCAAACCAUUCCUGAUGUUGUCUUUGAUGGUUUGACUGAAGAGAAUGGGCUCUUGCUGCACGAGAGAAAUUUGCUGACGAAGCCAAUGCAGGUUCAAUGUGCUGAUGUCGUGCCCAUCCAGCAAGACUGUGCCACCCACCGGGUCGUAGAAUCGCUCCACCAACCCGACAAUGGUCGACUUUCCAGACCCAGAUGCGCCCACAAGGGCAGUAGUUUUUCCGGCAGGGAUGACGAGGCUAACAUCCUCCAUAACCACCACUUCAGGCCGCGAAGGAUAAAUGUGCUUGACAUGCCUCAACUCGACAGUGCCCUCGACGUGAUCCAACUUUUCACCGGCCUCGGACAAGGGGUCUAAGGGAGACUCCCUGUCGAUGGUGGCGUAGAUCUUUGCCGCAGCGCCAACACCCGCCGCAAAAUGCUGCAUGUUGGGACCGACAUUGCCAAAGGCAAAGGCACCAAUCAUGACAGCAAGGAUGAUGGUGAGGAUGUGAGAAAGAUUGGUCUCGCCGCCCACGAGAAAGCGGGACCCCAUCCAGAAUGCCAGACCAUAGUUCAGGAAAAGAAUGCACAACAGACUUCCCAACAUAAGACCCAAUGUGCUUUUGCUUCGAAACCCCCAUUUCCGAGCCUCAAUAAGGUGCACAUUGUAUUGUUUCGCC